CCGGCCCCGCACUGCUGAAGAGCGGAGCCUCCGCCCGGGGGACCCCUAUCCCUGCCUGUCUCCCACAACUGCGCGUCCCCACCCCACCCCACCCCCGCGGCCGAGCCACCGCAGGUGUGGCGGUCUCCGCUCGGCAGAAGAGCCUUGAACGGUCACCCGACCCUCCUCCACAGCCUCUUUGCAUCUCGGAUUUCGGGGCGGUCCCCUCCCCCACCUCUCCCUGCCCCUUUGCACCCCGAUUUUUUAUGCGCUUCUCUCGGGUUUUGCAGCCGUCUAUUUUUGCAUCCCUUUUCGUUUUGCUUCUGGGAGGUUUGGGGAGUGAAGCUGCGUUCGCACCCCUUCCCCUUUUUAUCCUCCCCUGCUCGGACAACCCCCCUUUUCAUUGCAGUGGGGGGGGCCUAGGUUCUGUGCAUCCUACGCCGCGCCGCCAGCACCCCGCAACGUGUGGCCCUGCGCCCCGGAAUUUGCAGCAGCUGCAUAUCUGAGGGAGGGGUCUCCCUCGCCCCCGCUGCCUUUGCUUCCCGCGCGUUCUGGUGCGUGAGUGUGCUUCACGCGCCGCACCCCGGCUUCUCCGUAGCCCCCGCCCCGCGCGGGACUCGCCCCCCGCCGUCAAGAUGGUCAUUCAGAAAGAGAAGAAGAGCUGCGGGCAGGUGGUUGAGGAGUGGAAGGAGUUCGUGUGGAACCCGAGGACGCACCAGUUCAUGGGCCGCACCGGAACCAGCUGGGCCUUUAUCCUCCUCUUCUACCUCGUCUUCUAUGGCUUCCUCACCGCCAUGUUCACCCUCACCAUGUGGGUGAUGCUGCAGACGGUCUCUGAUCAUACUCCCAAGUACCAGGACCGACUGGCCACACCGGGCUUGAUGAUUCGCCCUAAGACUGAGAACCUAGAUGUCAUUGUCAAUGUCAGUGACACUGAAAGCUGGAACCAGCAUGUUCAGAAGCUCAACAAAUUCCUGGAGCCUUACAAUGACUCCAUCCAAGCCCAAAAGAAUGAUGUCUGCCUCCCUGGGCGCUAUUACGAACAACCAGAUAACGGAGUUCUCAACUACCCGAAACGUGCCUGCCAGUUCAACCGGACCCAGCUGGGCGACUGCUCUGGCAUUGGGGACCCCACCCACUAUGGUUACAGCACAGGACAGCCCUGUGUCUUCAUCAAGAUGAACCGGGUCAUCAACUUCUAUGCAGGAGCAAACCAGAGCAUGAAUGUUACCUGUGUGGGGAAGCGAGAUGAAGAUGCUGAGAAUCUCGGCAACUUCGUCAUGUUCCCUGCUAACGGCAGCAUCGACCUCAUGUACUUCCCCUACUACGGCAAGAAGUUCCACGUGAACUACACGCAGCCCCUGGUGGCCGUGAAGUUCCUGAAUGUGACCCCCAACGUGGAGGUGAACGUGGAGUGCCGCAUCAACGCCGCCAACAUCGCCACUGACGACGAGCGCGACAAGUUUGCUGGGCGCGUGGCCUUCAAACUCCGCAUCAACAAAACCUGAGGCCCCUUCCUCCCGCCCCCACCUCUUUCCUACGGAUGCUUCUGGAAUAUCCCUGACCCUGCCUGAUCCCUCCCUCACCCACCCCAAAGGUAUUUUUUAUAACAGAGCUCUGGCUUGUCUGAGUCCCUUUUCCUUUACUUCUGAACCCGGCCUGAUGUCUGUCGUGAUUCCCUGGCUACCCACAUUUUCCACCAUCUUCUUCCCACCCUAGCUCAGUCAGAGACAGGGAGAUGGGACCCCAAGACGGUCACAGAGGAGUUGGGAGCCUUUCUAGGCCUGGAGUAGCUUUGAGUGGGGUGUCCUCACAGCUACCCACCUGUCCCGCCCUCUUAUCCCCUGAGAGCUAUAGAAAAUGCCCACCCACCCACCUACGCACAUAUCUCAUUUCACCCCUUACUUCCACACACUGAGGUGGCGCUCAAUUCUGUUUUUUAAAUUGAAGGAGAAUUGACUUACAACACUACGUUAGUUCCAGGUGCACAGCAUAGGGAUUUAAUAUUUCUGUACGUUAGAGUGGUCACCAGUGUGGCCCUCUAUCCCUCAUUCCAGCUCAGCUGCUGUCACCUUCCUCUGUCUCCCUCACCUUCUGCCUAUCUACAACAGUCGCUGUCUCAGUGGCUUUUGACUUGUCUGCCUCCUCUGGCCGGUCUUCUCCAUCCCCAUUCCCUCCACUGAAAGGGGGACCGUUUGUAAUUGAGGACAAGGUGGCUCUGUGGCCUUUUCCCUCUUUCCUGGCACAUCUGGCUUCUCACCCCACGUUGACUACGUGAGCUGGGAAUGAGGGUCUGAAGGAGAAGUCCAUGUUGGUUCUUGAAAAUUCUCUUCUGGUCCCUCCUGUCACCCAACUAGGCACUCAGAGGGGCGGGGUUGACCUAGGCUGAAUGUCCACUUUGUUUUUGCCGAUGGCUCCCUUCCCCCUGUUCGCGUUCCCAGAAUAUCCUGCAAGUUCCACUUCCCAGGCGCCCUGGGGGAGGGGCAGCCAUUUUGGCUAGGUCCCCAGUGGCCACCUUGGAAACGUCAGCUGGCUAUGGGACUAUUCCACCUCCUUCCCCUGGGCCCAGAUAUGCCCCCACCAUUCUCUCUCUGGCUUCUCUUAGCAAGUUAUCAACUAAUCACUAACUCCUUCCUUUUUCUCUGCAUGCCAGCCUGAAAAUUGCAAAUACCUCCUCCAUCUAAGGCUCUGAAUUUCUUGUUUCCGUCUCCUUCAGACCCCUUUGCCUUCUUAAACAACCCCAUAGUGCCCAUAGAAUGUUAAAUGAGGGACUGCCUGUGAUCUUGAGUUAUAGAGGCAUUUUAACUCUUUCUUUUCCCACGUCCUUCACUUCCUCCCCUCUGACUUCCUUUUUUUUUGAUGCUGCAGCUUCCACAUCCCACCCACAGAUGGACUCUCCCCUGUUUUUCUCUCGCUGGAUCUGAGUCUCUUCCCUUUGGGUCCCCAUGUCUUCCUGCACUCCCCUCACCCCACUGGUCUCUCUCUGCAGUUAUUUAAUGCCUGUGUCAGAUCUACUGUAAAAAGAGGAUAAAGUACAAUAAAAUGAGAGCAAUUAUAUAUAUAAAUAUAUAUCAUACAGGGA